AUGACCAGCAUGAGAUCAAGCAAGUCGAACGAUAGCUGUUCCGCUUCCACGAGCUUAUCAGAGGAGCAGAAUAAUGAGGAAACAAACUACAUUCGGCGCACUCGAGGUUCAGAACACAGUUCAUCUCAGUCCUAUCUUUCCGCGAUGACUGCUAUCACAAUUGCUGCAGCGUGUCUGGUAUCAUCAACAUCUGCCUUUACAACAAGUUCCACCAGAUGCAUGCACAGUAGUCGCAAGCACACUGCAUUCGUUCGACAGGAACUUCCAUCAAUUAUAACCCGAAACUCGAUACAUCCAUCCAUUUCACCCACAAGUCUAUUUGCUGCAGGAAGAACUCCUGAUAAGGAAGAAUGGCGAGCUAUCCUAGCAGCUUUUCAAAUGUACAAGGCUGCAUAUGGUGAUCUGAAGGUUCCUUCUCGGUUUGUUGUGCCUUCUAUGGCGCCCUGGCCUGAGGCGGCAUGGGAUAUGCCCUUGGGGAAAAAGGUUGCUUUGAUCCGAUCCGAGGGAAAGUAUGUAGAUGAUAAGCCCAACAGAAGGGCUCAAUUAGACAAGCUUGGCUUUGUAUGGAGAGCCAGAGCGUCCCCCAAGUCGGCAGCUGGUACUCCUGAUAUCACCUUUGAUCAAAUCUUUGAAGCACUGGUUGCUUACAAGAAGGAAGUCAGUGGCAGUGGUCCUUUGUCCGUGCCAGUGGAUUUCACAGUCCCAGACAGCGAGCCCUGGCCAGAAAGCACACGGGGGUUGCCUUUGGGAACAAGCCUUUCCAAGCUACGUUCGCCAAAGUUCCUGAAAGCGAAUCCAGAGGCCGCUGCAAGAUUGGGCGAGAUUGGCUUUGUGACUGAUUCCAAGGUUUCUGCCAACGACAUUCGAUUCAACAACGUUUUCACCGCGCUCAAGAGAUAUCAGGAAAUAUACGGUGACAUGCUGGUUCCACAGCCGUUCACAGUACCCAAUAGGUCCGGUGACUGGCCCGAAGAAACCUGGGGUCUGCGACUUGGGGCUCGUGUCAAUGCCAUCAGAAGUCAAGGGACAUUCGUCAAGACGAAUCCAGCACGUCGUCAAAUGUUGGAGGACUUGGGAUUCGUGUGGAGCCCACCAGAGUCAGAGCGCCGAAAGAGAGGUAGAAAGUCCAAGGCCGAAUACGAACGAGAAACCAUGGAAGCAGUGGCCUCCGUAGCCGGGUCUCCUGUCUCGAGCGACGACGAGGAAACCGCCGACGCAGAUGCCUUUGUAUCUUCCUUCGAUUUCAGCUCCAUAGCUGGAGAACCAGAUGGCGAAGAAUCGAUCUCACCAACGUGGGGGCUUGAAAAAGGAAGAGACGUAGAAGAUAUGGCAGCAGCAAUAACAGAAGAAGCUUCUCAGCCAGCUGAAGUUGAAUACAAGCCAGAGUUAACAUUGGGAGAGAGUCUAGCUCAGGCAAAGAGAAAUGCAAUAGAAAUUGGCAUUAUUCGAGAGACUGAAGACGGCAAGGGGUUCUUGAAAGGAAAGCAAUCUAGAGAUUUUCCUUGGUUCAACGACGAUUUUGGAGACGAUUUUGUAUUUGAAGACGUCGUGGAAGCUCUUACACUCUACAAAUCCUUUUACGGAACCUUUUCAAACUUCACAGAUGAAUCGUUCGUCAUCCCUGUCAAGGAUGAUACGGUUUCUCCCUUCGAUGCGCCCGAUGAUGAUUUCGACUUUUUGGACGAAACCAUGCCACCCAGUAGGGCAGCUCCUUCAAUUGCACAAUUUGAGGGGUUCGAUGAUCUCGACUUGAUGGAAGAGUUCGCAGAGCCUGGAAGCGGCAAAAUGAAUGAAGAAGAAGACGCCGAGGAAGAGGCACCGGCCGUCACACUUCAACCCAUCGCAGAAGUUGACUGGCCCGAGCAUCUUGGCGGAAUGUUGCUUGGCAAUAUUGUAUCAAGAAUUCGCGAUGGAAGUCUUGAGGUGAAACAUCUUGCGGAAAGAAAGGCUCAACUUGAUGCCAUUGGUUUCGACUGGGGAGAUCCAAAAUAUUUCAUUGAUAUACCCUUCGAGAAAGCAAUAUGUGCAAUGUUUGCAUACUAUCUUGUCCGUGGUGAUAUGUUCGUCUCAGACGACUUUGUCAUGCCAGAUGUAGAUCCAUGGCCACAAGCUUUGGCUGGCUAUGAAAUUGGGAAGGCAGUAACGCGAAUUCGACAGCUGCAAAAUUUCUUCGAGGCGUACCACCCUGAAAAAGUCAGUCUCUUGCGAAUGGUUGAAUUUGUUUGGUUCCCAACCUUGGCCCUUCCAGUAGACCCCAAUGAACCAGAAAUGACAGCAGAGAUGCUCAAGCUGAGCGCUCUUGGACACCCUGAUUAUGCCAAGAUGAUUGAUAUCCCAAUGGGCUUGCCUGAGAAGAUCCAUGCCGAAGGUCCGUUUCAUGAUAGUGAUGAUCCAAGACUUUGGUGGCGAAAGUAUCAUAGUUGGGAUUUGGUUCAAGACUACUGGUACCAGAACGGACGGCGUGACAACGCAUUCAUAUUGCGUGGGUUGGGAUACCCUCAAAUGGCAGACGAACAUGAAGAAAAGUACGGCCCAGGACUAUUUGAACAGAUCCAGGGUACUCUUGACAGACUAGAGAACGGACCCGCUGUCAAAGCAAAGGACGAAAAGGAAGAGCUUAUCGCAACACUAAAGUACUACCGAGAUGAAUUGGCUGGAUGCAAAGAUAUUCAUCCCAGAAACCUAGAAAGGCUUGUGGAGGAUAUUGAUAUCCACAUUUUGCAAUUGGUUACAGGAAAGAAGGCGUCAACAAUAGAAGAGCUCAGCGAGGCUGCAAUGGCAAUGAAUUAUGAGGAAGAAUAUGUUGAAAAGGAAGAGGAGGAGACCGUUGAGAAUGAAGAAGACUACGAAGAAGAGGAAGGAGAAUACGAAGAAGCCGAAGAAGGGCAGGUGGAGGAAGUUGAGGAGGUCGAGGAAGAAGUCGAGGAGAUCAAUAUCGAGGAAGAACUUGGUCUGGACGCAGUAGAAGUCUCUGAGUCAUAA